GUCUCUCAUGUGGUUGGGCUGAACACAGUUAGGCAGUGGCCCCUAUGGGUUAGCUUCUGUAAAACAAAGCCCACAUUGCCGCAGAAUCUUACUGUAUUUUUUCUUCUUUUGCUGUGGGGGCAGAGAAAGUCUGACUCCCUUCUGUGCGAUGCACGGCAGAAUACAAAUAGGUCGCCGUGAAAAUGUGCUGCAAAUUAUGGGUGACUCAAGGGAACAUGCUGCAGGUCAUGUGUAAAGACAGGAGCAGAGAUGCACACAACUGCGUGUACAAAGACAUAUGUAUAGUAAGUACCUCAUUAUGAGACAAGCAUGCACUGAGGCGCACCAGUUCACAGAAGCAAUAGUAAACUAACACCCAUCCGUAAACUGUAGCCUAUACCUGCUCAAUCUACCGGUUGAAAUCUAGCUUUUUUAUUAUUAGUAUCUGCUUUUUUAAUUAUUUUUUUAUUUAUUUAGUUAGUUAGUUGGGGGUUUUUUUAGCCCUUUAGGCGCUCUCCCAGAAAUGUAGUGGUAGUUUUUCUGUGGUUGUGAGAUGUGAGUGUUGUGACUGUGGGUGACACAGGAGGUGGAUGGAGAGGAGCUGGGGGGCGCUCUGUUCUGCUCAGAGCAGGACGCAGGAGACGGUCGCUCUCCAAGGUUCUGAAAGUCGGGAGCGCUCCCUCCUCAGUCUCGCCUACUGGCGAUUAAUGCAAACCUCAACUGCAAAAUCCUCUAAUGACUGCCUUCAUUCAGAAGUGCUUUGCUUUUUCCCCAUUUUUUUGCAUAAUCUUUCGUCUUAGUCAUAGUGGAUUUUUGUUUUCCAAUGCAACCGCUGGAUGUACGCUCGCAUAUAUGCGCAACAAGACCGACAGCCGCUGAGCAACCUGCAUCAUUUGGAUAUACUGACUAUACUCUGGAUUCUCAAGGAAGGCUAUACGGAGGAUUUUAAGCAGUUUUCUCUUUCCUUUUUUGUAGCUCUGUGCGUCCGUGCCGCAUGCUGAUGGACGUGAACUGCGAUAUUGUCUCAGAAAGGUGAGUCGGAUGAGGGUAAUGAUGACACAGACCUACUUUUUCGUGAAUGUCACCGUCUUUGCAUUUGCAAAGAGCGAAGAAAAAAAGGCUGAUCACUACUUGCUUUUGAACCCAUAAUCCACGAGGAAGGAGGUGAACAAUAGUGUUACGGGGAACCUUGUGAAUCUAAUGGGAGAUGAGAGUGAAGUUUCCAAUGGGCAAGGCGACUAUCUGAGAUCUGUUCCAGCAAUCCGUGUUCUGGAUUUUCUUCACACAAAGAGGAUAUCAAGAUUAAAAUAAUAAUAAUAAAUAAACCACGAACAUCUCUUUCGGAUACACGAUGACAGACGUGAUAACGAUGAUAGCAAUGAUAAAGACCUGGUCGCAUCCGGAGAGAAUACCCUGAGCUUAGAGAUGACAUCCACGCAGUCGUGUUGAAUGUGGAUGUUAACGCCGCGGGGAAGGAUGGGCCCUCUCCUCUCGGCCGCCUCCGUCCUCCUCCUGUUUCUCCUCCUGGCCCUGAGCGUCGCGUCUCCAGCCACGGUUGGCAACCCCGAGGAUUACGUCGCCGACGAGGCAGAGCGGACCGCUGCGGAUAACAUCGUCUUUGAUGACUACAGGGGAAAAGGGUGCGUGGAUGACAGCGGGUUCGUGUACAAGCUGGGGGAGCGUUUCUAUCCGGGACACUCAAACUGCCCGUGCGUAUGCACGGAGGACGGGCCCGUGUGCGACCAGCCCGAGUGCCCGAAACUGCACCCGAAGUGCACGAAAGUAGAGCACAAUGGAUGCUGCCCCGAGUGCAAGGAGGUUAAAAACUUUUGCGAGUACCGAGGGAAAACGUAUAAAAUCCUGGAAGAAUUCAAGCCGUCACCCUGUGAAUGGUGCCGCUGUGAACCAAAUAACGAGGUACACUGUGUGGUGUCCGACUGCGCUGUCCCAGAGUGUGUCAACCCUGUUUAUGAGCCGGAGCAGUGCUGUCCCAUCUGUAAACAUGGUCCAAAUUGCUUUGCCGGAACGACGAUCAUCCCAGCCGGAAAGGAAGUAAAGGUGGACGACUGCACCAUCUGCCGCUGCCACAACGGAGACUGGUGGAAGCCGGCGCAGUGCUUGCGGCGGGAAUGUCUCAACGGCCAGUCUUCAUAAAGAGAGACUCCACUGCGGAUGGUGAAUAAACUCAGGCGAAGCUCUGCCUACUGCGCCAUUUUAUAUGAUUGACAGGGCAUGAGCACAAUUCCUACAAAAAAAACAAAAAACAAAAAGACUAAAAAAAAAAAAAAAACGAGAGACAGUGUAGAAUUAAAGAAAUGCUCUUAUGAACUUCACACAAAUACAAAAUUUUUGCCAGUGAGAAGAUAAUGGAACUUGUUCACGGCUGUUUCCGCCCUGCAGUUUUACUCGGCCUAUAUAUUUUCAAAAGUUGACUCUGCUGCUUUCUCUCAGAAACUUUCUAAGCUUCUUGAACUCUUUCCUAUACACCGGCAAUGUUGAACUGCUCAUGUCAAGUUUCUGUAUGUAUGUCUUCAGCUUGUUGUUACUAUAUGUUCUUCACGGCCACGCUGGUGUUGUAAAGUUCGAACAGCAAGAAGAAAAAAAAAAAGAAGAAAAAAAUUGAAAGCACACUUUACUGAGCUUUUUCAUGUUCUCCUGGUUAUACUAGGAUUAUCACUGCAGAUAAACUUGAGCUCCCCAACUUCCCGCCGAGAGCUUGUUUACAAAAGGCACAUUAACGUUUGUCUUCAUAAGACUUUUUAAAAUCAAUGUGGCUGUUGCUCAUUGCUACCCUCCCAUUGUCAUAUUUCAUUAUCCACAAAAAUCCUAACAAACAGGUUUUUUUUUCUUUACAAACAUCCCAUUACUUUGUGCCAUGUCUCUGUGUAAGAGCAGCACAAACUAAGGAGUUCAGCAUUACCACGCGCAAGCAAGAUGGCAGCCAUUGCUACCCUUUUGAUGAGUAGAAACUACAGCCCUUCCUGACCAACUGGUUUCUUUGUUUGUUUUUUUCAGAUCCAGAUCUGCCAACUAACUAACUGCUUGAACUUGUUAUCAAAGCACUUAGUGAGCCAAGAGCAGCCUGCUUUAAUUUUCCUUAAUCAGGAGUAUUCUGUAAUAAAUCAUCCAGCUGGGUGCUUGGCAAAGCCUGCUUGCUGGGCACAUUUAGCACGAACCAGCACACAAAGGGGGAAAUCUGCACAUGGCGAAACGCUUUUAGACAGCAUUCACAAGUGUGAUGUCCAUGGGACGAUACAGCCGUGUCAUUCAUCCACUGUCUCAUGACAGUUUGUCGCUCUGCACUCACUGAGGCGCAUAAACCACAUGCAUAAGGCGUGCUAAGAUACAGAGCUCUAAAAUGUAACACUGAUUAUGUCACAGAUUUCACUUUGCUCUCUCUUAACUGUAACAGAAUGUCUAAGCCAGUGUAGAGCAGCUGUGUGCCCAUCACAAUAAUAAAUAUCAAGUCAAAUAUAGUAAAGCACUUUACCAAGCACCAUAAACAUAAAAUCUUUCACUUGAUAAAUACUACUCAUUAAUCCAAAGGUGAUUUUCCGUGUGCUCCCGCCAUUUAUCACAAGGAUUUUUGUUCCCCACGUUUCAAGAAAAUCUGUUUCCGUUAACCUUUUAAACCCCAUUCCUGUGCAGUGAUGGAUGAGUUGCUUAAUAGCAGCUUCUAGCCCUCUGUAAUGAGACAGCAAUGAACAGAGGAUUAAAGACCUGUGACUAAAGAGGUAUGUCACCUUAAAAGGCAUUAAAACUAAUUUUAGAAGAAUCCCAAAGUAUGGAUAUCUGCUGCAUGUCUUGAAAAGUAAACUGGGUAAAGUUCAGUUUUAAAGAGGCUGUUAGGAAUCUUUUAAAUGUAUGUUAAAAGGUUUUAAGAAGUUAAUGUCUUACCAACAGGAAAUGAAUAUCUUUACAUCGUCUCUUAGUGUAAACCCAUAUUAUUUGGUCACAGAGACUGAUGUUAACAAGAUACCGAGGAUUAAAUUAUAUGACAUUCUUAUAACAAUUCUCAAAAAACUCAUUAAAGUUUAAGUAAAUGUUAUUUUAUGAAGCUUUGAAUUGUUAUCAUCAUCACGCUUGCAUUAUAUGGUUAUUUUCACAAAAGUCAAUGAGUAUUUAUGCAAGAAAUAAAGGAAAGAGAUUGGGCACUACCAAAAAUGUUCCUACAUAAAAUGUAAAGAAACAAAAGUAUUUCUCAUCCGAGUAAUUACCUAAUAGUAAGUCCUGUAAAAAUGUUCACUUAAAUUUUUUGAUUUUUACUGUAGUUCUUAAUGCUUUACAAAAUAACACCUACAAAAAUUACUAUAAUGGUGAAGUUACUUUAGUGUUGGCCUGUCAUGUACUAGCCAUUACAUUGAGCCUUUCUGACCAACCAAUCUGGGUUUACACUAAGUGAAGUUAACAAGUGUUAUCUACGGUAGGUAAGAUUUCUGCUCAUAACUCAGUAAAACAACCCUAUUUCAAAAAUCCGGGGUUAUCAACUUAAAUACAUAAGAGAUUUUAGGUAAGAUUCUUUGAAGAGAUCAUCAGACUUCCACUGUAAUAGCCCAAAAACUUAUUGCAGUGAUUUUGCUGCAAAAUUAUAAUUCCUCAGUGAUGGCAAGCCAACAGUCUUCAAACAACCUAUAUCUUCACCUACUGUAAAACAAGAAAAUGUCAUAUUAUGAAGACAAAUAGAGGAACAUUAAAGUUUAAUUAGGUGGAGUCAAUAAUAUUACCUUCGAAAAAGGGAAUGGAAAAGGGCAUUCCAUAUAUAUAUAUAUAUAUGUAUAUAUAUAUAUAUAUAUAAAACCCUAGAGUUACUUAACCCACUCCCACAGCAUGAGAACCAACCUAGCUUUAAAAAUACAGCACAAACAACCUACAGUAUGCUAUAUGCCAUUAUUUGCUCCUCUUAAUACCUUUUUCUUGAGGUAAUUAAGUCCUCUGAGAUAUAAAAUUCCUCACAGCUGUACCACAGGGGAUUAAUAUAGUUAUCUAAUCCCAUCAUCUCAAGUUCCACUUAAUUUUUUAUUUUGAAGCAUCGUUUCAGUUCGUCUACGCAGCAUUUUCCAAUUAUUGUUCUAGCUACACUGUCUCCUUUGUUCACAGAUGCAGACAUCCCAGGGAAAUUAACUAGCUGGUGAAUAUGUCGUUUCUCUAAAUUUCCAAGUCUAUUGGAGCUCAAGGCAUUGAUUUGUUACAUGUUAACUUGCAUUUGAAUCAAAAUGCAGUACAUCCUCUCAAUUUGAAAAAUGCUAAAAUGUUGUCAUUUUAUACAACUGCAUCAAAAAUGGCUGAGAAAACUUAAAACAAAACUCUAUUGUGAAACAGUGUAUAGUAAAUAUCCACUAAAAUACUAGUGUUGCUAUUUUUGCAUCCUAAGCGCAUUACCAAAUUAUUUAAACUAUUCCAUUUCAGAAAUCAGCUAAAAUGGCAGACUGACUUUUUCUACAAACUCUCACAACAAUCUGUAUGACUUCAGAUAACAAUACUAACACAUAACUUCACACACCUUUACUUUUUUUAAAAAUACCAUGUUAUCUAAGAGCAACAACAGAGUUUGCAUCAUUUUCAUCUUUUAGCUGCUUUGAUUUAUCAUCUUUUGUUGUGCACAGACAGAGCUCAUCUAUCUGGCGAGAGGUCUGCAGGCUCAUAAAGCAACACUGACACGAAUGGUUUAUCAGCUGCAGCCUCUGUGCUCCAGACAUUUCAGAAUUAUGAAAGGAAAUUCAUUCAUCAUAAUUACUUUAAAUGCCAUCUAAUUAUUCAGCUUUUAGAUGUAUCCAAAACAAGGAGAAAAAAAAAAGUUAGAAUUACAGGUCAAAGCCGAGACUGACUGAACAGAAAGAAAGAGAGUUCAAAGUGACAGCACCACAUACUGCAUGGACAGGACUCAAAAGGCUACGCUGCCACCACAGAUGCCUUAUUGCUACUGUUCCAGAUAAGAUUUCACAAAGUAUGGCCUUUGGCAAUCACACAGACUGAACAGCUCUGGACUUUUCUAAGUGCUGGCUUGUAUCUUUCCUCCUUGCUGUGAUUUACUGUUAGAUUUUACCCCCAAAACUAUUCAUUGUUUUAUCCUCCAACAUUCUAGAAACAGCCAGUGGGUUCAACACGAGUACAAGGACAAGAGCAGUUCAUUCACAGCCGAAACUCAAGAGGCUGAAUCUAAAAAUACACAGGCAUUUGAUAAAGGUAAAAAAAAAAGAGAGAGGAAAAGAAAAAGAGAGAAGAUGCAAAAGUGGUGGAUACGAUUUGCACACGAAAGCUACUUGAUCCUUAUUGCAAUGUGACAUUGUAGCUCACUGUAGUGCUUGCUCUCACAAAUGCAUUUCCAACGCCUCUGAAGCGCACAGCUUUUAGGAAGCUAAAUUGGAUGAACAAUGGUUUCUCAUUUUCUUGAUUUGGUGAGCUGCUCUCAUUGCCUUAGCUGGAAAGAAGAACGACAGAAGGUGAAGUGGUUGUCAACAGAAAAUAAAAUAGCCUAGACUUUAGAUUGAGUGUUGCUGCAAAUGUUGGAACGGCGUUGUUAUUCGGGUUGCUCUCAGAGAACAAAUCUAUCAGGAAACUGUAAAUUUAUAGCUGGAUUUAUGCUUCAUUGCAGUAGAUUGGAUGCAGGCAUGCCACAGUGCUGCACUGCUGCAUUUGUUUUUUGAGGUUUUUUUUUUGCUAAUUUGCAUUUUAAGUAAAAUCACUUGUUAAUCAGUAGAUUAUCCCAGUGGCUUUCUUUAAGAAAUUACAUGAUUAAGCAUAAAGCUGUGGGCUUUAGUAGAACAAAACAAACUACCUUUCAAAAAAGCAGCACAUAUCUGCUGUUCUCCUAGCCUCCCAUUACUAUUCUCCUUGAAAAUACGUGGAAGGACGGAUUGGCUGCUCUGUCUGUCUUUGUGGACUUUCUUGCAAGAAAGUUGAGUCUUUUUGUACGUUUGCAAAUGUUUUGUUCAAACAAUUCCAUCUGUCCUGUCUUCACACUGCAGGCUUGAACAUCGGCAUUUUGUACAGGUUCCCCAGUUCUGCUUUUUCCACGAGACACCGACUUACUGUAGCUGGAAACUAUCAACGAUUGUGUUUUUUCCCCUCAUUAUUUUAUUCUGCAACAAAACUGUUAAAUGAAGUGUGCCUGAAAACUAACACAGAUGUGGUAAAGAAAGAUUAAAACACUGUUACUAUACAAUCAAUUGUAUUAUUUUUUGGAUGGGGGGCAAGCACUAAGGAUUUGUUGAUAGUGGACUCGGGUCAUAGGAACAUUUUAACUCAUGAGCAUAUUUGAUUGUAUUUGAAUACAUGCUCACACAAGUUCAAUCGAAACUGAAAAACAGAGUCCAAAUUUCAAAGCGAUCCUUGGUGCUCCAUUAGUUGUUUAUAUGUAAAUAUCUUCAAAAGUAAAAUGUGUAUUCUGAAAUCUCAGCUGGAGUAAAAAAACAAAUGUGAUCAGAAAUUACAAAAUAUGUAUUAUUCAUUUAGACAACAAAAUAUUUUGUUAAAUAGACA